CGACGUCGUCGUUUCCAUCACGCGUGCAUCAUUGUACAUUACUCCCCACCUCCAUCACUUCUCCUUCUUCUUCUCCUUCUGUGUAAUAUACCUUGUUGAAGAAGCCGCGGCCAUCACUCGUUUCCUUCCUUGGCUUGAUCUUUGCGAACGGGAGGUGGUGGUGCUAGAAGCUUCCUCUGCCAUUCGAGGUCCUGAAGAAUGGCUGCUGAAGCGCCGAGUUCGAAAGCAGACCAUGACCCAAUCCAACCCAAUGGAGACGUCUCCCCGGAGCAGCACGCGACCUCGCAGACCGACGCGCCCCUAACAAACGGCUCACAUGCCGCAGAGUCGAACGAGAAUGGAGAUGCCGCCGCGCCCCCUCCGAACGCCGAAAAGGUGUUUCAACUCACCAUCAACCUCCCUCACGCCCCCUAUCACACCCAACUUAUGGUGUCGACACAAGAGCAGGUACAAGACAUUAGACAGUCCAUCAUCGACACCCCGCAAACCUCCCAGUACUCCUGCUUCCACCUCGAGCACAAUGGCAAGAGAAUCAAUGAUUUCGUCGAGCUGUCCGAGGUCGCCGACAUCGCAAAACAUCCAGAGGUGAAGCUGGUGGAGGAUCCGUACACCGAGGCGCAGGCGCGUAUGCACAUUGUCAGAGUGCGGGAGUUGAUUGGCGCUGCCGGAAACCGCACCGAUCUUAUCCUGGGUGCCGAUGCUGGCAGCACAUUAUGCGACGACAUCACCCUCCCCACGGCUCAGACCGCUCAGGACGAUCAAGCGUCACCUAUUGCUGGGUACGACCUCAGUGCGCCGGGUAGCAUUGCCGUACUUGCAUCUAAACCUCGCGAUCCUGCUCCGAAGACGGUGAAGAGCCUGUCUCUAUCCUCAUGGAACCCUCCACCGUACCACCUCCGCAUGCGCGGCCACCUGCUCUAUCUUCAAGUCACCACCCUCGAAGGCGAGCAGCAUUACAUUACCUCCUCCGUCUGCGGCUUCUACGUCAACAAGUCCACCAACAACCGAUUUGAUGCUUCUCCUCGAAAUGGCGCCAAGUCGUCAUCCACCCACUCCCUCAUGGCUCUACUCAGCCAAAUCUCUCCCGCCUUCGAUCAAUCGCUCAAGAAGCUACAGGAACACAAUGCCCAGCGAGACCCAUUGGCAUCAUACCAACCUUCCAACGCUCUGCCCGCCGCCCCCUGGCUCGUGCCCUUGUCCAAGGUGCAACAUCAUCAAUCGGACAUCACGCGAACGCAAGAACCGUUUCUCCUCGCAGGCGCAGACAAUGCGGAAACGCUUCGCGAUUGGAAUGAAGAAUUUCAGUCCACGCGAGAGCUUCCCAAAGAGACCGUGCAAGACCGCGUUUUCCGAGAGCGACUCACGAGCAAGCUGUUCGCCGAAUACACCGAGGCCGCCGUGCGUGGAGCGGUGUUGGUGGCGCGGGGCGAAGUUCAACCGCUCAAUCCGACCGAGGCGCGGGAGGCGCAGAUCUUCGUGUACAACAACGUCUUUUACUCGUUCGGCGCUGACGGCGUGGGCACAUUCACCAGUGAUGGCGGCGAUGAGGCUGCGAGGGUGGCGACCGGAAAGGACGUGCAUGGUGUGAAGGCGGUGAAUCAACUCGACAUCACCGGCCUGUUCACUGCCGGCACCGUCGUGGUCGACUAUCUCGGCAAGCGCAUUGUGGGGCAGAGCAUCGUUCCGGGCAUUUUCAAACAGCGAGAGCCGGGGGAGAACCAGAUCGACUACGGAGGCGUCGAAGGCAAGGAUGUCGUCGCCACGCUCGAGUCGUUUGUCCAGCCCUUCAGCGAGCUUAGCAAGGCCACGCGAGUCAAGAGGCAUGCGGUGUGGGACAAGGAGGGCAAGAAGCAUGAUCUGGAAGCCAGCGUGGAGACUAAGGGUCUGCUUGGCACUGAUGGGCGGAAAUACAUUCUCGAUUUGUACCGUCUGACGCCACUGGAUAUCUCCUGGGUCGAACGGUAUCGCGAAGAGUGGAAGGAUGAGCAGACUCGGUACCCUCACCGCAUGACGGUGCUGCGGACGGAGCUGGUGGAGUCGUAUCGCAUUUCCAAGCUGCGAGAGUACAUUGCGAAGGAACUUGAUCAAAGGCGGGCGAACAAGGCACAAAGUCAGGGAGAGGGUACGAAGGAGCUGACGAACGGCUCUUCCGAACCCACACCCAAGGACGACACUGCGGAGGCGACCACCAACGGCACUUCGGAUGCGAAGAGCGAGGCCGAUCUCACCAACGGGGACGAGAAUCCUAGCGAGGAAGUAGCCAAGCCCGCUCAGCCCGACCAACAGGCGCCACAGGAAACCGUCGACGUCUCUGGCUUUGCAUUCUCGCUGAACCCCGACGUCUACUGCGGCCAACAGCCGCAGACUGACGAGGAGAAGGCAGAACUGGAAGCUGACGAGGUCGAAGUGCGUGCCGUCGGCAAGUACCUGCUCGCUGACGUUAUUCCUCGAAUGGUUCGCGAAAUCGAAGAAGGAGACGUGGGCUUUCCGAUGGACGGCCAGAGUCUUACGCGCGAGAUGCACAAGCGUGGCAUCAACGUGCGAUAUCUGGGCGAGGUGGUGCGCUUGUGCGGCGAGCAGGAGCAGGACAAGAGAGUGCAGGCUCUGUGCAGGCUGUGCAAGCAGGAGAUGAUAAGCCGGGCUUUCAAGCAUGUUGCAAACGCGCACAUGAAGACUCUGCCGCCGUGUGUUAUGCAGAGCUGCGUCAGCCACCUUCUGAACUGUCUCCUGGGCGCUGGACUCAACGCCAAACCCGAGGCGGAUGUCGACAACGACCUCAAGCAGAUGUAUGGCGAUGUGGACUUUGCGUUUGAGCAGAUGACGCCCGAGAAGUUGGCUGGGGAUUUGAAGGCGCAGAUUGCGCUUCGCUUCCGACAUGACUUCACGGGCGAUCUUGUCCAGUCUGGACGACAAUUGCAUCUGCUGCGCGAGGUUUUGCUGAAGCUGGGCCUCCAGCUCGAAGCGAAGGAGUAUCAAUUUGACAAGCAAGCGCCAACACCGCAACAGAACGGCGCGGAAGAGACGGCAUCCCCGCCUCAAGUCAAUGGCGCGCACGCCCCGGCAGAAGGAGGCAAAAAGAAAAAGAAGAAGGCGGCGGAGAAUUCACCUGCUCGAGCAUCGCACUCGCCAGCUUUGGCGCCAACGACUUUCCAUCCGGAGAAUGUGGUGAACAUCGUUCCAGUCGUCAAGGAAGCGGCACCACGUAGCGUGCUCGCUGAAGAAGCGCUGGAUGCUGGGCGGAUGGGCCUGCAGCAAGAUCAGAAAGAACUCGGGCAGGAGUUGCUCUUUGAGAGCUUGAGUCUGCACGAGCAGAUUUAUGGAAUCCUGCAUCCCGAGGUGGCGCGCGUGUACCAUGCACUCUCCACUCUCUACUUCAACCUCGACGAAAAGGCGGCGGCAGUGGAGCUGGCGAAGAAGGCGGUCAUCAUCUCCGAGCGCACCCUGGGCGUCGACAACGUGGAGACCAUUCUCGCCUACCUCAACCUCAGCAUCCUCGAGCACGGCUCGGGCAAUACAAUGCAAGCCCUCGCAUACGCCCGCCACGCCCUGGACUUGCAGAAGGUGGUCUUCGGCCCUCGACAUCCCGACUCGCUCACGACCCUCAACAACAUCGCCAUCAUGCUACAGCUAUCGAAGAAGUACGGCGAGUCGCGCGGCUGGUUCGAAGCGGCGCUGGAAAUGUGCGAAGAGGUGUCCAGUCGGCCGAGCCAAGCGGUCGGCACGGCGACGCUUCUCUUCCAGCUCGCGCAGUCGCUGGCCUUCAACCAGGAGCCCAAGGCGGCGAUGGCGCGGAUGCGCGAGAGCUACAACAUCUUCAAGACGGAGCUCGGGCCCGAGCACCCCAAUACCAAGGAGGCGGAGAACCUGCUCGACAUCCUGACCAAUGCCGCCGUCAGCCAGGCGAAGCACCAGGCCAAUAUCUUCCAGAACCGCAAGUUGCUGUUGCGGAAUAACGGGCGGGCGCCGAUGAUGGGCAUGCGCACGAACGCGAAGGCUGCCCCUGCCGGUACUGCUGUUACUGGUGGGGCAGUGGACGCUGCUGCAUCGCAUGUCCCUGCUGGUACUGCGGCUACCGAUGCCUCCCUCCCGCAAGCGGUCGACCAGAGGAGCGUGGACGAGUUAUUGAAGUAUAUCAACGGGGAGACGACGGCGAACACGAGCACGCCGAAGAAGAAGCCGGCCAAUCCGAAGAGGAGGCGGUAGGCCUUGUCAUUGCGUUCUGCCACUUCUUCUUCUUUGCGAGCAUUUUGAGCAUGGCACGGAGAGCGGCAUUAUACAUCUGGCGGCCUUUGGGACGUUGUAUUAUCGUACGGACGGGACUGUUCCACUCACCAAUUGGGUUUGCAUCGAGGCGGGUAUUGUGUAGAUAUAUCAUCCCGAGCAGAGGAUGUUUGUAGCAUACGUGUAGCAUGUUAUCAAUGCAUUGUGACAAGCAU